ACUGAGGCUGACCAGUAGUGGAACCAUCAUCAGUCAGUCAGGGACACUAGCGACUAUAGGGCCAGUCAAGAACGAACCAGGUACUGAGUACAGUCCACAACGGUUAGAAAACCAGGAAAUGUGAGAAGAGUAGAGUAGAGGUGUUACCUUGCAGGGGAAUAUUUAUCAUUGAUAGUCAUUUCUUUCCAGCGUUGGUGGAGAAUGAAACAGAACCUAAAGGAAGACUCCUCCAUGCCGGAGCCCGGAGCUGCUCCGCGGCGGAGCCCGCAGGGAGUUCCCUACACCGACCUGCAGCACAUCGUCAACGCCGACGGACUGCACCUGUUCUGCCGCUACUGGGAGCCCGCCGGCCCGCCAAGGGCUCUGGUGUUCGUGGCCCACGGGGCCGCGGAGCAUUGUGGGCCGUACGAUGAGGUCGCACAGAGACUGAAGGAGCUGUCCCUGCUGGUGUUCGCACACGACCACGUCGGUCAUGGUCAGAGUGAAGGAGACAGGAUGAACAUCAAAGACUUCCAGGUUUACAUCAGAGACGCUCUGCAGCACGUCGACCUGAUGAAGUCACGUCACCCCGAGCUGCCCGUCUUCAUCGUGGGUCACUCCAUGGGCGGAGCGAUCUCCAUCCUGACGGCGAGUGAGCGGCCCAGUGAUUUUGCUGGAGUGGUUCUGAUCGCACCGAUGGUCCAGAUGAACCCAGACUCAGCCACGCCAUUCAAGGUUUUCCUGGCGAAGGUCCUGAACCACAUGUUACCCAGCCUCACUCUGGGCUCCAUUGAGUCUAAGUGGGUCUCAAGGGACAAGACAAAGGUGGAGGCUUAUGACGCUGAUGAGCUGAACUUCCACGGCGGGAUGCGGGUGUCGUUCGGCAUGCAGCUGAUGGGGGCCGCGGCUCGCAUCGAGCGGGAGAUCCCGUCCAUCAGCUGGCCCUUCCUGCUGCUGCACGGCGACGCUGACAAGCUCUGUGACAUCAGAGGCUCCAAGAUGAUGUACGAGAAGGCCGCCAGCUCCGACAAGAAACUCAAGGUGUAUGAGGGAGGUUACCACGCCCUCCACCACGACCUGCCGGAGGUGGCCGAGUCCGUGCUGAAGGAGGUGACCGGCUGGAUCACAGAGCGCCUCCCCGCCGCCACGCCGCCACAACAGCAAGUGUCGUAGAGCCAAGCGUCAGAGCUCAGUGUCCUGCAGACCCAGAGUCACACAUCACAACACUUCUGUGUCUAGUCUGAGGAACACAGUGGCGCAUUUAGACUGACAUUACUGUUUACUAACAGUAACCCCCCCCCCCUGUGUACCUGUCCAUCAAACACCUCGGCUUAUUGUAGACACUCACACUCUCAGCAGCUGUUUCCCUGCAACACUUCCAAUCUUUCAUUAAUUAGAUUACAUCAUCAUCAUCUCAUUAGAGCUCAGUCAGAGCAGCUCCAGACCAGCAAGGGUUAAACUUCAGUGUGCUGGGAGUCAAAGUGCAAUAUGAUGUCAUCAUAUCACCCAUGAUGCUCCGCUCAUCACAUUCUGUUUAAUUAGCGACGUACCAUGUUACUGAUCUGCACAGCGACGCAGGCAGGUCAAAGGUCAGGAGCAGCAGCUGAUGGACAGUCUGAGUGUAGCUGAGUUUCUCUGAUCUGACCUCAGCUCGUCUCCUCCUCUCCUCGUCUCCUCCUCUCCUCCUCUCCUCGUCUCCUCCUCUCCUCCUCUCCUCCUCUCCUCCUCUCCUCCUCUCCUGCCUCCUUGCCUCCACUGAUUUACACACAUGUAACAUAUUAACUUCAUAAUAAGUGAACGCAGGCAGCUCUGGUACGUCUGUCAGUCAGCUGAUCCUCUCUUCUCUUUAAGAUGGGAGCGGUCCGUCUCAGUCUAGUCCAGAUAAUCAUUUCCCUUGAAUUCCAGCGAAUUCUGUGACGAAUCACGAAACAUAUUUAAUAUACAGUGAUAUUUAAUUCAUUUUCCUCCCAGCACCUCCUUUUACUGACGCAGCGACCAGUGACACAAUAAUCUUUUUUCUUUAUUGACCAAAUCAAAAAUAACCAGGUCAAAGUUCACACAUUGAGUCACAGUAAACAAACAACAACAUAUUAAUCAGGCUUGACGACCUAAACAAGAUAUUAAAGGAUAAAAUAAAUAAACAAAACAAAAGCUUUAUUUUUCAAUCACACCUCGCCGUCUGCUUCAACAAGCCGUUCCACAUUUCUAAAUGUUUUUGACAUCAUCAUUUAUUUUUGUAAUUUUUCCUCGUUAAUGUUGUUGAUAAUAUUCAUAAUGUCCCUGAACUGAACUAGAACCAGUGUUUCGAAAGAGGAGGGAAACCAGGUGAAGCUGCUUCUCUCUCUCUCUGCAGGUGGCAAUUAGAGCGAGAGCACAAAGGGUCAAGAGGCCAGAAGGUCUCUCCUCUGUGUGACCUCUGACCUUUAGGGUCACUGUUAACUUCACAGUUAAGAGUCAUUAAACUGAGGCUGCAGACUGGGGCCCAGCGGGGGGGCACAACAACAGUAGAUCACAGAACAUCUGUCACUUUAUCCAAUCACACGUUUCUAUUAAUGAUGUCACAGUGGAUCCAACCUCAGAACCUCAGAACUCAAAAAUUACAUUUUUAAUUCUCAUAAUUUUAGGGCAGUUUUUCUUGAGAUAUUGGGAGUUUAAAGUGGAAAUUUCCUCCGUCAUGUCGAGUCACGGGACAUGAAGCUGUUAAAGCUCAAUGUAUUGAAAUAUAUAGAAAGCAUCAGUCUGCAGCUCCUCUGUGUCUUCAUCACUCUCAGUUCAAAGGGACUAGUGCAGAGCGAGCAGGGGAGGCACAGUGCCGUAUCCACGGUGACCGUUACUCACGUGUAACCACGGCAGCAGGCCGGCAGCAAGGCAGGAUUUUUUUAUUCCAUCUUUCAUGUGUAGUAACCACGGCGACCACGAGAAGACUGAGGGAAUGAGACUUGUCUGUGGCUUCAUGUGUGCUGCUCUGUCUCUGUCUCUUACUGUCUCACCCCCUCUCUCCCC